AUGGCGACCCCUCCGAUCACCGCGUGCAUCAGUGCCGCUGCUGCUGCAAGGUCCGCCGUCGCCACCCACGUGCUGCGUCGCAACAUCUCCGUCGCCCCCGCAUCCGCGGCCGCCGUCAUGCUUCGUCGCAACACCUCGUCGCGAUCGCACUGCGCUGCAGCAUAUGAAGCUUCACCGGUGGCCAUCGGGUGCUGCAGUGGAGCUUCGACGGGGCAGCCGGUGCUACGAUGGAGCACCGCCGCGUGGUGGUGGUGCUGCAGUGAAGCUUCGCCUGCGGCGUCGAGGUGCUGCGGACCUGCGAUGGAGCACCACCCCGCCGGUGUUGAAAACCCCUCCCCAAACUCCCGACACAACCCGCACUCCUCGUCUUCUCCAAUCGACGCAGCCCGCCGCUCCGACACGGGCGCAUCGACGCCGGAGCUCCCCCGCUCAGCUUCGCCGUGCUGCUCCCCUGCUCUCCCGCGCGUCCUCCUCCGCCGCCGGGGAUGCCUACGCCACCGCUCCCUCCUGCCUCGCGCAGCUCCACUGCCCCCCCCCCCCCCCCCCCCCCCCACCUCUUGCCUGCCUCCCAAAUCUCCCCUCUUUCACCCCCAAAGUCGUUUCUUCUUCCUCCCGCUGCGUCUCCUGCUUGCGCGCGGCGGCGACACCUCCUCCUCGUUUCCCCCGACGCCGGAGGAGGCACGGGGCAAGCAGCAGUGUCUCGCGCUGCGCUUGCGCCACCUCGGGUGCGCGUGGGCCUACGCGCCGGUCGCCGCCUCGGCCGUGCGCCAGUCCGCAAAGGAGGAGGAAGGGGGUUCCGUUCGCCGCCAAGGCGUACUGGGUAUGCUCCUCGAGUCCCCGCUCUUCAGGCCCCUCCUCACCUCCCUCAUCAAGAAGCAGAACAACAUGACGCAGAUGCUGCAGCGCACGGGGAUCCCCGACCGGCCCAUGUUCUUCCCGGAGUACCCUCUCUCUGUACAAGCAAAAGCAGCUAUGAGAAAAUUUUCAUUCAGUCAAGUUCUACUGAUUUUUGGUCUUCUUGAAUUUUGUAUAGUUGAGAUAGAUGUUCUACUUCUUUCAUUCAGUCAGGCUCUACUGAAACAUUUUGCAGAAACAAUGUUUUGCUGAAACUGAAAAAAGGAACAGAAACAUAAAUGUUCUGCUGAAACUGAAAAAAGGAACAGAACCACACCUGAAUAAUUUGUACUCCUCCUUCAUUCUUCAAUAGAUUUAGAAAUGUUCAGACUUUGAAUGUUCACUGAAUAAGUAAAUCUUGUCUUUCCUAAAAA